AGGCGACGAGUUGCAAUCAUCGAAUUAGAUAACGCAUGCGUAACAGCUGGGCUGAGUGCGUCUAACGCACGUUACGUUGUAAGACAUGCCUCGUCCGUGGACUGCUACUGCGAAGAGACUGCGAACGUUGAGGGGAAUCAAACGAAAACCUCCUGAACCUAUAAGAAGGUGGAAAGUAGUGCGAGGAGAUUGGGUUGAAGUUUUGGUAGGAAAGGAUAAGGGUAAGCAAGGGAAAGUCAUUGACGUCGACAGAUCUCUCAACAGAGUCUUCGUGAAAGGUCUCAACACGCAUCAGCGAUACAUUCCACCACAUGGAGAAUUCAAGGGAAAUUAUGUUGCGAGCGAAGCUCCUCUCCAUUACUCAAACAUUUCUCUAGUAGAUCCGGGCAACAUGCAAGCAACUAAAGUGGGUUAUAGAUAUUUGGAAAGUGGAGAGAAAGUGAGGGUGUCUAAACGGACGGGAAGGAUUAUUCCCAAACCCGUGGAAGCAUCAGAAAGGAAAGACUUUAAGACAAGAAGUGGAUAUGUAGAAGGAAGAAAAGAUACUAAAGCCGACGAUGUGACCAAGCGAACGUAUACGCCAAGCCUCCAGCUUUUCGAGGAAGAAAUCUUAACUAAAUUGGGUCCACACCCACCACAGUGACAUCCAUCUGUAAUAGCAGAUUAUUAUUUAUAGUCUCCAUGCUUGUAAUAGACAUGUAGUGUACCUACUGAGCAUCUUCUGAAACAGAAAGAAAUGAUAUACUGUAAAUCAAGAAAAUUUCAAAGUCCAUCAAUUUUUGCUGCUUUCUCCCUCAAACAGCCAAAAUUAAAUGACAGGGAUAUACAUUGCUUCUGAUCACUAACACAAGCAUGGAGCCCCACCCUGUUGUCAUGAGAUAGUACAGUGUAGUGUACCUUCAGUACUUCAGUACUAACUCCCCCUCUCCCCCCUGAAACAUCUCCCCCUGAAAACAAAUACUCGCGAUCAUGUUUCUAAGUGCAAUUGGCUUGCUGUCAGGUGUUACAAAUGCUACUUGUCAAAAUAUACAAUAGCAAUAGCAUAGGCAAAAAUUAAAAUCUGACAAAACAUUUACAGGCAAAAGGAGAAAUUUUUAAAUGGUGAAAUUUUCUUGAUUUACAGUAAUACUGUACAUCCAGAAAUUUUUGUAAGCAUGAAAUUUUUGUUAUUUUUGUAGAUACCCAGCUGUACUAAAAUAACAUGAAUACUAAAAUUUAGAGAUAGAUGCACUUGAAUUCAGCUACAGUACAGUACCGAUGUCCUGUACUAAAAUAACAUGUACAAACUAAACUACUUCAUGGGCAGAAGUAUUAAUUAAGAUUUAUGAGUAUUGAAGUGUUUUAAUAUGA